ACCAUGGCCUCACAAUCAAGAAAUCCUACCCAUCUGGGACAAUACUUUGAGCAUCUAGCUGGAAGUACAUGCUUUAUGUAUGCACUUAAGAUUAGAUCAGAUCUUGAUAAGGAUCUUCUUGCUUUUGGGGAUGAUCCAGGCCUUGCAAAAUCUGCUAGUCAUAUGCAGCUCCUGGCUACCAAGAAUGCUGCAUUGGUGCCAGAAUCUCUCAAGGAGGCUCUCAGUGAGUAUUCCCUCCAUCGCCACAGAAAGAGGAAUGUGGCUCGCUCUAAGAAACGAACCAUUGCAAAGGCUCUCAGCCUACAUGCUACCCCACUGACAGCCCAGUCUCUUGCAGCCACUGGUAUGGUCAAAGUAGUCAUUCAUGAUCACUUUGAUGACACCAGCUUUAAGCGGGGCACUCUUUUAGUGGACUGUGGCAAUGAGGAUCUGGUUGACAGUGGGAGUUCCACCCUUUCUGUUCCUGUUUAUGGUUCUUGGUAUGUGAUCAAACCAGAUGAAAGCAUUAUUUUCAUCAAUUCCAAUGGUUUGGUCUCACUUGCUGUACUCUGUGGGAGGUGUAGCCAGCAUCCUGACCUGUUGACUUAUGUCAACAAUAUCAUCAAUGAGGCUGUCAAUGACCACAAGGGAGUCAGGCCUACUCAUGGGGGGGAGCUGAUUCAGUUUGGCUGGAAUGCAGGUCCCUGCCAUGCACGUGUCUUUGGUCUGGUGAAUAACCUUACCAAUAAGAGGCUUUUGAUGACUGCAAGGCAGGAGAAGGACUCUCGUGCUUUAGGAAUUUUGGCUUUGAGCUGGAAUUUGCUGGUAGCUAGUCUCCCUGCUGAGGUCAGUGCAUCCUGUAUCAAGGCAAUUGAUGGGGCAGGCCUGCCUUCCAUGACCAUCAAAGGUGAUGGCUCAGACUCUGGGUAUACCCUGGACUUACCUAAUGGUCCUCUCUGCUUUUCAACAGCUAAGUGGGCUCCCUCUGAGGGAUACAUGUCUCAAAACUAUGAAUCCCCCAUUCACACUGACCAACUCUAUGUCCCAUAUGCAAUGAACUGGGUUACUCUUCAUAGUAUUGUGGAUCCAGAUCAAUGCCAGCUUCAUGGUGAUCAUAGUUCUGGUGGGAAUUAUGUUGAUGUCUCACUCAGGGUGGUGGUGAAAUGUGCCACUGACACAGUCAUGAGCAUGCAACCCAAGUUCAAGCAUGGUACGACCCUUGCUCAAGAGGGUGUCUGCAGGCAAGGAACUGCAAUCAAUUUCUCAAGGCACAUUAAGAAAGCAUUCAAUGAGGCAAUUGCAAUUGAAGGUGAUGUUAAAGCAAUGGUGACUCAACUUGUAGAGGAGAAAAAGUGAAAUUAUG